UCAUGCAUUUCCACUACAAAAAUGAUAGUAGUUAUGGCAAUUCCUGUGGAAAACAAAACAAAACAAAAAUGGGGAUUGAAGUUUGCGUAAAGGCCGCUUCAGGUGCACCUGAUGUUCUUGGUGACUGCCCUUUCGGUCAAAGGAUUCUUCUCACUCUCGAGGAGAAGAAGCUUCCUUACAAAACUCAUCUCAUCGACAUUUCUCUCAAACCGGAUUGGUUCUUGGCUAUUAGUCCCAAGGGAAAACUUCCAUUGGUGAAGUUCAAUGAAAAUGGAGAUUGGGUGGCUGAUUCCGAUCUCAUAGUGGGAAUCAUCGAGGAGAGAUAUCCCGGAGCCUUCCCUCAUCAUGCGAAUGACGGGUCCGACAUGGCUUUGUUGGAUGAACUUGAGGCGUUGGACCAUCACCUCAGGACUCACGUUGGUCCUUUCGUGGCUGGCGAUAAAGUCACGGCCGUGGAUUUGAGCCUGGCACCAAAGCUUUACCAUUUAGAGACUACGUUAGGACAUUUCAAGGAUUGGUAUGUCCCUGAGAGUCUAACCAAUGUCCGAAAUUACAUGAAGGUGUUGUUCUCUCUUGAGUCUUUUGAGAAAACAAAGGCUGCCAAAGAAUAUGUGAUUGCGGGUUGGGCUCCUAAGCUCGACGUGUGAUGCAUUAUUGUCUUGUGUUAUUACUAAAAUGUAGUCCUGUGUUUAUUUCCUCGUCUAUUUAAAAUAAAGAAACACACCAAGUGUUGGUGUCUUCUGCUACGAGGUUGUUUUUCUCGUUUUCUUCUAUAUAUACUGUUAUAUGUUCGUAAGGAACACAUGUUAGCCUCUCACUUGAUGAAAUAAAAAUUUGCAUGCAUU